AUGGUUCUCUGCCGGCAUCAAGUCCUCUGGGGCAGCCGGAGCUUCAGCGCCUCUUCGGCGUCACUGCUCCCGGGCUGCCGGACCAGCUUCAGCUCUGUGUCUGUAUCCCAGGGAGGGAAGAGUGGGAGUCGUCUGGGGGGUAGUUUUGGGACCAGGAGCCUCCACAACCUUGUAGGCGGCAAAAGGAUCUCUGUCAGUGGGGCAUACCGCUCUGGCAGAGCUGGCUAUGGGGGUGCCUGUGGUUUGGGAUAUGGGGGCAUAGGAUACAGAGCUGGGGGAUAUGGAUUUGGAGGGGGAAUGAUGGCAGGAUCUGGAGGCAUCCAUGAAGUUACAGUCAAUCAGAGCCUACUGGCUCCCCUCAACCUGGAGAUUGACCCAUCCCUCCAGAAGGUUCGGAAGGAAGAGAAAGAGCAGAUCAAGACUCUCAAUAACAAAUUUGCCUCCUUCAUAGACAAGGUUCGCUUUCUAGAGCAGCAGAAUAAGGUCUUGGAGACCAAAUGGAGCAUUCUCCAGGACCAUAAGACUACCAAAGCCAACAUUGAUCCCUUGUUUGAAACCUAUAUCAGCAACCUGAGGAGACAGUUGGAAUGCCUAGGUGGGGAAAGAGGGAGAUUAGAAACUGAACUAAAGAGCAUGCAGGAUGUGGUGGAAGACUUCAAGAACAAAUAUGAAGAUGAAAUCAACAGACGCACAGCAGCAGAGAAUGAAUUUGUGGUGCUCAAGAAGGAUGUGGAUGCAGCUUACAUGAACAAAGUGGAACUGGAGGCUAAAGUUGAUGCCCUGACAGAUGAAAUCAACUUUCUGAGGGCUUUCUAUGAGGCGGAGCUGGCUCAGCUUCAAGCUCAGAUCUCAGAAACCUCAGUGGUUCUGUCCAUGGAUAACAAUCGUAAGCUAGACCUGGAUAGCAUCAUUGCUGAGGUCAAAGCUCAAUAUGAGGACAUCGCCAACCGAAGUCGGGCUGAAGCAGAGUCCUGGUACCAGUCAAAGUAUGAGGAACUGCAGCUUUCUGCUGGUAGACAUGGAGAUGACCUCCGUACCACCAGAAUGGAGAUCUCAGAAUUGAAUCGGAUGAUCCAGAGGCUGCGUUCUGAGAUUGACAAUUUAAAGAAGCAGUGCGCCACUCUUCAGGCUGCCAUAGCUGAUGCUGAGCAGCGUGGGGAACUGGCUCUCAAGGAUGCUCGAGCCAAACUGGCUGAGCUGGAAGAUGCCCUGCAGAAGGCCAAACAGGACAUGGCUCGGCAGCUGCGUGAGUACCAGGAACUGAUGAAUGUCAAGCUGGCCCUGGACAUUGAGAUUGCCACCUACAGGAAGCUGCUGGAGGGAGAGGAGUGCAGACUCACUGGAGAGGGUGUUGGACCUGUGAAUAUAUCUGUGGUUACUUCUGCAGGGAGCACUGGCUAUGGAGGCAGUGGUGGCGUCUGUAUGGGUGGAGGUGGUCUCAGCAGCAGUCUCUGCUAUGGAAGUGGGGUUGGAGGCUUCAGCUCCACCAGCGGGCGCAGCAUGGGGGGCAGCAGCUCCAGCAUGCGCAUCAUCUCCAAGACAUCAUCUACUAAGAAAAGCUAUCGGAGCUAAAACUUCUCUCCUUGACUGCCCACCCUUCCCCAACCCAGCUUCCCUAAGGCCUGAUACUCUGAUAAAAACCCAGAAAGCAAUUUCAUUUGUAUAGUCAGACAUAGUAACAAAGGGUACAUAAGUCUCCCAGGGCCAUCUUGUCCAUCCUUCAGCUUCCAAGCAGGUCCCCACUAAGACCAUUCCUUAGGUGAAGAGUGGUGCUUGUUCACAAAGUCCUCCAGGGUAUGUAAGUGCCUCUCCUAGGGCUUACUACUCAUAAUGGCUAAAAAAUUCUAUCUACACCCAAGUUGUCAUGUUGCAUUUACUUAAAUCAUUUUUCUUUCUUUCCUGGUUUCUCCAUUUCUGGGUCUCAGCAAAAAAAUUGAUAUCUCUGGAGUUGGGCUUUUAAUCUAUUUGAUUAUUACUAUAAAAUAAACAAAAUUCCAGCAGAUUCUCUCAGAGCAGGGAAAAACAGAAGGAAAAAAUAGAUGGCAAGAUGCCUUAGCAACAAAUUCAUCACUAAACAUUGCCUCCUUUGCCCCAAGUCCAUCACCAUGAGCCAAUGGACAUUUGGCCCAACACAAUCUCCAUAAUAAACUUCAGCUUCUUAGGUUCCCCUGUUUCACCAGUUUUUUUCAUCUAAAAAAAUCAGGAUUUUAGAAUAUAUCAAUUAUCCACAUUAAUAAGCAGAUAAUUGGACAAUUCUGCCUGAAUGUUUGGAAGGCAGUAAAUAAUAUUUCAAAGCAGAUUCCAUAUUCUAUUUUUGUUUAUCCUUAAAAAAAUAUUGGUAUUAUAAAUGAUUUGCCUUAUGAAAUAUUAAUUGAUGGGAGUCAGCCUGGUAUGAAACAUUUGAUAAUACAUAAAUAGAGAAUCAAAUGUGUUAUGUGUUAGAUGUCUUUUUGUUCAACAUCAUUAUCUCCCCUCACCUUACCAUCCUAUCCUACAGAAAUAAGGUCUGGGACUAGUGAUUUCUAUUGCUGCUUGUACAGUUUUAUUUUCUUUUCUCUAUUUCUCUAUUUCUCUGUUUCUGUCUCUGUCUCCUUUUAUUUCUCUCUUUCAUCUUUUCUUCCCAUUCUUUAUCUAACUCAACCUUUAUCUGGAUCUUUGCUUUCCUUUCUCUUCUUCUCUACUUGUGUAUAUCCCUUCCACCUUCUUUCUCAAUCUGUUUGAAAGUUCAAAUCCUAUCUCCUUCUGUGCCCUAUUUGUCUCUUCCUCUCUAGUUUGUUCCUGAGCUUAACUCUUUUGUUGGUAUCACCACUGUUGUCAUUGACUUGGACUUUGAGAUGCAACCUGCAACCCAACACUGGCCAGUCUAGGAGGACUUUGAAACAAAUUCAUCAACUCACUCACCCCACAAGGAAGGUGUGGUCCAACAAGGACAACAAACAGGAUGCAGCAUAGGCUGGUGCUAGGAAUCACUGAAAGAUGAUGCUGUUUAUUUCUCAUUCUUCAUAAGAAAUUGGAAUCUAGGAAGAAUAGAAAAGAAAAGAUUGGGAAAAUGGGGCCUUUCUGUGAUUGGUGCUCAUGAUGAAAUUGUGUUGGUUUGCAUUGUGAAUUCCCAUAAUGUCUAUGUUUAAGACCAAAACAAGAUGGAUGUAAUUCUCAAAACUAGCAGAAAGAAUGAAUAUUUUUGCAUAUUUACUGUUCUUCCACUAGUAUAGAUUCCAGAGGUAACUGUUAACCUACCUUGUUUCAGGUCCUUCUCCUGUACUCCCCCAUCCAGAUCCAUUUGCUCAAAGAGCUUGAAUAAA